AGAGGAAGUAAAGGGAGUGGGUGGGUGUUGACUGUUGAGAGAGUGAGAGAGAGAGAGAGAGAGAGAGAGAGAGAGGUCGGAGGUGUGUGUGAUAAAAAAUGGCGGUUGAGAAGGGAAGAUACUGUGUAACAGGAGCUGGAGGGUUUCUUGCGUCGUGGGUUGUUAAGCUUCUUCUUUCCAAGGAUUCUAUUGUCCACGGAACCCUCAGAGACCCCUCUAAUGACAGGCACGCCCACUUGAAAAAACUUGACAAGGCAUCUGAGAACCUUAAACUAUUCAAAGCGGACUUGUUGGACUAUGAAUCCCUUCGCACAGCGAUUCAAGGUUGUGAUGGAGUGUUUCAUGUUGCCAGUCCAGUUCCCUACGACCCUGUGCCAAAUCCUGAGGUAGAAUUGAUUGAACCUGCCGUGAAGGGAACACUUAAUGUACUUAAAGCAUGCCUUGAAGCAAAAGUCAAGCGAGUUGUUUUCGUGUCAUCUGCAGCUUCUCUUGUCAUGAAUCCUAAGUGGUCUCAAGGCCAAGUGUUGGAUGAAACUUGUUGGUCAGACAAGGAAUACUGCAGAAGUAGUAAGAAUUGGUAUUGUCUUUCAAAAACUGAAGCGGAAUAUGAAGCCCUGGAGUAUGCAAGAAUAAAUGGGCUUGACUUGGUAACUGUUUGUCCUACACUUAUUAUGGGGCCAAUUCUACAGACCACUGUAAAUGCAAGCACCUUGGUCCUCAUCAAGCUUUUGAGGGAAGGAUAUGAGUCACUGGAAAACAAGCCGCGGAUGAUAGUUGAUGUGCGGGAUGUAGCUGAAGCAGUCGUUAUGGUGUAUGAGAAGCCUGAGGCUGAAGGAAGAUACAUAUGCACCGCUCAUAAUAUCAAAACGACAGAUCUGGUUGAAGAGUUGAAGAGCAUUUAUCCUAAUUACAGUUAUCCUAAGAACUUUGUUGAAGUAGAAGAACGACCAAGGUUGAGCUCGGAGAAACUUCAGAGGCUGGGUUUGAGUUUCCGACCAUUGAAAGAGACGCUUACUGACUCAGUUGAAAGCUACAAGGAGGCUGGGCUGCUCUGAUACUGAACAUCUCAGAGCGUGCUCUACGUAGCUAACUACAUUGUUUGAAGUUACACAUCCGACAAUCGAAGAGGAAAAUUUGGCUUAAUUUGUUGCAGUGCCGUUUAGGUUGGUGGAGUCCGAAAUAUAUGUUAGUUUUCUGUCUUAUAGCUACUGCCCAGUGAUAGUUACCAAAUAAUAUUUCAUAUUUUUGUGUUUGUUGAGAAAACAAUGUUUUGGCUUUGGCCUUUAUGAUCUUACUCAUUCGACUUGUUCAAAUGGAAAUAAGCUAUUGACGGAUA